CUAAAGAGGGGUAUAAGAGUCUUGCCUUUCGCUUCCUAACUGGAGCGCUGAGUGGGACGGUGUGGUAAUGGGGAAAGGGGUGCCGGGAGGCCAGGGCAGACUGCGGGCACACGAAGUUGUCAUCCUGCUCCGCUGAAAGGGCUACCCAUUUCCGCGCUACCCGGCGCGAGGCGCGAGGCAGGCGCUGGUCUGCUCGGAGACGGGUCCCAGACCGGGCAGGAGAGAAAGCGUCGCCCCAGGAGCCGCGGUCCCGCCCAGGUACAGCCGAGGAAAGGGGCGUGGAGGCCCAGGCGGCUGACAGCCCGCGGAAAUGCGGAGGCUCCCGUGGCCGUCCUGUGCUUUCCCUCCCCGCUUUUUCGCCGGAAGAUUGGGAACUUCUUAGCCGGCUGGGGAAAUGGAGACGCAGCUGACCGUGUGCUAAGAAGCAGCCGACAAGCCGCUUGAAAGCCUGAAUCGGUUGGGAUCUCGCCUGCCUAGUGGGCUGCCCGCAGCUGCAUUCCGGUUCCCGGAAAUCCCGCGCGCCCUCGGUGGCUGGAAGUCGCCCCGCUGGUCAUUGACACUGGCAGUCGAAUCUCGGCCGCGGGAGAAGGAGAGGAUCUUGAAACACUGCUUGGAAUUAGCUGCCAAACGUUGUUACCGUUGCCGGAUUGAAAAACUGGAGAAGUUUGUAUAUCUUCAGAGACAAGAUCCACAGAGAGUUCCCAUCUAGGACGGAGGCAAAGGUCAAGGAAAGCGACUUUAAUAUCCUAUCAGACCUGUUUCCAGCCUACAAAAGCUGCCAUGGAGCAGAUCAGUAAUUUUUUCCACUCCAUCUGGUCGUUCAUCUGCUUAAAACAUCAGGAGGGCAUCUAUAACACGGUCUGCCUCGCUGUUUUGUUGGGGUUACCUGUUCUCGUCCUCCUUGUUGGAAUGUUCAUCUGUUGCCAUUGUUGUUUUUGCGGCCGGCCGCAAAGGGACAAAAGUAGCCCCAGCAGUCCAACCCAAGGGAAGAGAAGAAAUAAUAUUAUGAAGAAGAAGAAGAAAAAGAAGGAAGAGGACCUGUGGAUUUCAGCCCAGCCCAAAGUGCUCCUGCUGGAAAAGAGGCCAUCAUUGUUGGUCUAGAGGAAGGCAGGUGGACAAGAGUUAUUUCCCUUCUCAUAAUGUGUUCAGCUCUGCAUCAUAAACCUGAGAACAUAUCAUGCUGACUUACUUCCAUAUGAGGGAAGCUACUUUUUAAGCUUAGGAAUGUGGCUGGCAUUUUUAAGUUGGACAUACGUUUUACAAGCAAGCUGCAACAUUGCACCCAUCCAGAAUGAAUGAAUGGUGCUCAUCCACUGAAUACAUAUUACUUCAGUGUACACCGAAGAAUAAGCUUACAUUGACUCAGUAGCACAUUUUACUCUACAACUAGGCACUCGUGGCCUUAGGAUGCAGAAUUCAAACUAGAUUUUUUGCUUUGCCUAACAUAGCUUGCACUGAAAGCUUAUGUGCACUAGUAAGUAAGAAAGCAAGUAAACACUGCUGUACACAUGUAUGUAUAUUACCAUACACAUUUACUUAUACAAUCAGAUGCACUGAUGUGUAAGCCAAGAUACUGGUUUUUAAAAGGAAUUAUAUCAUCAUGGAGGAGAAGUCUAUCGAUGAUUAUUUGCCUAGUUUUGGAAGAAAGUUGCUGAGCUAGUUGGGCCCUUGGUCUGAACAUUGGAGCAAAUAAGGAGUCCCCUUAUUAAUAAAAUUGUCUCACAUUCUUCUCCAUAUGUUAUCUAGUUAGGGUUUUAUAAGUUUUGUAAUUGUUACACAUUGCUCAGCUUACCAAUAAUAUCAGCUUUCAUAAGGGCUAGGUUUUUAGGACUUCUGGCUAUGCUGACAGCUUAAUAAAUACCAAAUUUUGUGGUGGGGGGAGUUUAAGGAUCAGAAAGAUGAGACCUUAAUGUCCCACAAGUAGCAGAAGAAUAAAUUACACAAAAUAUGCACAUAUAUACAAUUUAUUUUUCCAGCACAUCAGUCUGUAUCUAUCUCCAAACAUCUGGAACUCUUAUUUACAGUUCUGCAUUGCAGUCUUUGGAUUAAGAAUGCCAGGGUUACAGAUGACCCCUAGUUAAGAACGGAGCCUAUUAUAGCAAUAUUUGAGUUAAAUACACAAUGGUUCGAGUUCAUUACACAGUACUA